AUGAAGACCACUUCGACGAAGACCAUUUUGUCUUUCGACGAAGACCAGUGCGACAAAGAUGGUUUCGUCGGAGACUAUUGUGAUGAAGACCACUUCAAUGAAGACCACUUCAACGAAGACCAGUGCGAUGAAGAUGGGCCGCCGCGCUGCUACCGGUCGGGGUUCAACCUCACCUGCGACACCGCCCACAGCCCCCCGCGCCUCCUCCUUGGCGGCGGCGACGACGACCUCCGGGUCACCGCCAUCUCCCUCGGCGACUCCACGGCCACGCUGCUCGACGCCGCCAUCAACGACACCGGCGAGAUGAUCAGCGCGUGCGCCUCCUUCUGCAACAACGACACUGCCGACCUCGGCUCCCUCCUGCUGGAUGGCAACAAGACCACCAGCAAGUAUUGCUCUGGCCACUGUUGGAUGGGCAUCGGGUGCUGCCAGGUCAUCAUCGCAAGUGACACCGCGCCCAGUGGGUUUCAGUACAAACGGGUCGUCGCAGAGACGAACAGCAGCCUGCCGGAGCAGGUCAUCCCGGAGAAGAAGAAGAAGAACAAUCCUGUGCUCGCGUUCGUCGCCCUGCUGGGUUGGUUCGACCAGAGGCCGGCCAAGGUUCUCUACGGGGGCUCAGGCGGCGGCAGCGGCGGCGACUACCGGCCGACCACGGCCGGGCUGGAGGCGCCCAUGGUUUUGGGAUGGUCAGUUCCGCUCCACGACGCGCCGGCAAUGGAUCCCCUCGUGCUCCCGCAGUGGUGCUCCGACGAAACAUCCCGCCGCCGCCUCUGCACGAGCAACAACAGCUACUGCAGGGACAUCUAUGGAGGCUCGACGUGCUACUGUGCCGGAGGCUACGAGGGCAAUCCAUACGUCGCCGGGGGAUGCCAAGGUUAG